UUAUAAAGUUUGUCCGCUCUGGGGCACCGUAGUGGCUUUUACCCCUGGCCGAGCUGGCUCGGUUUGGCCUGGGCUGGGCUGGGCGGCUGGAGCCGGGCUCAGCCCAGGGGACCCUGAUGGCUGCGGUGUUUCUGGUAACGCUUUAUGAAUACUCGCCGCUUUUCUAUAUCGCGGUGGUCUUUACCUGCUUCAUCGUGACCACCGGCCUGGUAUUAGGAUGGUUUGGUUGGGAUGUUCCAGUAAUUCUGAGAAAUUCAGAAGAGACCCAGUUCAACACAAGAGUUUUCAAAAAGCAAAUGAGACAAGUCAAGAAUCCUUUUGGCUUAGAGAUCACUAAUCCAUCUACAGCUUCAAUUACAACUGGUAUAACCUUAAAAACAGACUGCCUUGAAGAUAGUCGCCUUACAUGCUACUGGGGGUGCAGUGUUCAAAAAUUAUAUGAAGCUCUGCAGAAGCACGUUUAUUGCUUCAGAAUAAGCACUCCCCAAGCAUUAGAAGAUGCUCUCUAUAGCGAAUAUCUCUACCAAGAACAGUAUUUUAUAAAAAAGGACAGCAAAGAAGAAAUAUAUUGCCAGUUACCAAGAGAUAAUAAAAUUGAAGACUUUGGUACAGUGCCCAGAUCUCGUUAUCCAUUGGUAGCGCUGUUGACCUUAGCUCAUGAGGAUGACCGAGAAAUUUAUGAUAUUAUUUCCAUGGUAUCAGUAAUUCAUAUUCCUGAUAAGACUUAUAAACUUUCCUGCAGAAUAUUGUAUCAAUAUUUACUUCUGGCCCAAGGUCAAUUUCAUGAUCUGAAGCAACUUUUCAUGUCUGCAAAUAAUAAUUCAACUCCCUCCAGCAAUCCCUCUGCGGAAGAAAAAAACACAGACCAAAGUUUGUUGGAAAAGGCUGGACUGUCUGAAAGUGAAGUGGAGCUGUCUGAAGAGAACAGCAAGGACUGUGUGGUUUGCCAGAACGGAAGUGUGAACUGGGUGCUCUUGCCAUGCAGGCACACCUGCCUGUGCGACGGCUGUGUCAAGUAUUUUCAGCAGUGCCCAAUGUGUAGGCAGUUUGUGCAGGAAUCUUUUGCACUUUGCAGUCAGAAAGAGCAAGAUAAAGACAAACUGAAAACUCUUUGAAGAUGUUGUUACAACUACUAAAGUACACCUUCUACCUAAGAUGCAGAAAUUUGUGUUCUUAGAAUUCAUCGUAACAUGGAAUCUACAGUAUUGACCAUCAAAGAAAAUUCUAUUUUAACUUCUUAUUUGUACAGUACAUGGAUGAUGAAAAUUAAUUAUUCCUUCCUGCUUAGUGGUGAACAUUGGAAUAUGAUCUAUGUUAACACAUAAAAAUUCAUUUAACUCUUGAGAAGAAUGUAAACAUUUGGCCUUUUAUCUACUAGAAGAUUUCAUAUAAUGUUGAUUAGAAAAAUCAUUCUGAAAAGCAACCUAUCCAAAAUUUGAGGUGGUAAAAGUCUCAGGAUUGCUAUUUUCUCUUUGAUGUAAUCUGGAGUGAAAUUAGGAAAAAUUAGGAAUUAGAAAGGGCUUUGCACUUUAAAUCCUUCCUUGAUAUAUGCUUUUAUAAAUGCCAUCUAUUUGGUUUCUAAUUUCUCUUAUCAUCAUAGUUACCAAACACAAGUCUUUUUAAAAUAUAGGAUUCUUAAACCAUAAAUGCAAAAUAUAGUUAUUGAUGCAAAAUAUAACUAUAUUGCAAAAUAUAGUUAUUGUUCUCAGUGUAUCACAAAUUAAAAUGAUACUCAUCUAAAGGAGGAAGAUAUAUAAAACCUGGGUAAUAGAGUUUUUGAGAUAAUUAAAUUUAUUAGCUUAUUUGUCAAAUGUGAUUAGACUAAUAGAAUAUGCUCUACCAGGGAAGCUUUGUGGACUCUCAAUGCCUUAACUUAGAUUUCCUCCGGCAUGGCAAAUCUGUCCAAAACUGGAAGAAUUUUGGAGCUAGAAAAAGCAGUAAAAGAACAAAUAACUGUAUUUUUUCUAGUGUAUUUUUAUUCCAAAUAAACCUAGUAUCCCUCU